AUGGCGACAUCGUCGGCGACAAGUCAGUCGGCGGGUCGCUGGCCGCAGGUUGAAGCUGUAGCGAUGCGACAGCGGACGCACGUGCACAACGAACCGAAUCGGCUCUUCACUGAGAAUAGCGAGGUGCAUUUGUGUGUAAUCACGUGA